AUUCGAACUUGUGUGCGAGUGACGUAUCGCAACCGCGCAGGCGCAACUUUUCGUGACGUGACGUAAUGGUCCAUUCAUACUUUUUGUUCAUUCAAAGAUAUGAUAUUUCCAAAAUAUUUUGUUGUUAAAGUGAUGUGCAACUUAUUAGAGACAAAUACAUACCGGAUAAUUGUGAUCGAUUUAUUUUCUUCAUAGUGAAGCGAAUGUUUGUGUUUUUGACCAGAAAGUGCAUUCAUUGAUAAAAUAAAGUGCAUGUAUUGAGCACAUGCGCAAUGCAACAGUGAUCAUUCAAGUGACCAAUCUCAUUGAAAAUGUGGACUCGUAGAAUGGAUUGUGUAGUUUCUUGUGUUUGGCUUUCAACUAUCGAGAUAGAUAGUUGAAACAGGCUCAAGUAGAACAUUACGACACUCCGGAAGUGGCGGGACAAGCCGGCCGAGCUGGGGCUCGUUCCGAAAGAGAUAACAGCGGAUGAAAGAGAUAAACAGUUAUGGAUUUAACAUGGCGGACGAUACGCGUAAAGUGCGAGUUGAAGAAAGAUUGAAAAUAAAGAUUGGAGAAGCAAAGAACUUGCCAGGACGUAGUCAUGGCGCCGCCUGCCACCGCGACAUUUACUGCGUGCUGUCGCUUGACCAAGAGGAGAUUUUUCGCACAUCCACCAUGGAGAGAACACUCAAUCCAUUCUUCGGCGAGGAGUUCCAAUUCGAGGUGCCUAGAAGGUUUAGAUACUUGUCCAUAUACGUGUUCGACCGUGAUAAACACCUUAAGCAGGACAAGGUCCUCGGGAAAGUGGCGAUCAAGCGAGAAGAUCUCCACAGAUAUAACAAUAAGGAUCAUUGGUUCGCGUUGCGGCCCGUCGACGCGGACUCCGAAGUGCAAGGCAAGGCGUAUAUCGAGCUUACGUUGGAGGACUCAAGAAAGCGGUUACGAAUGGAGCCGAAGCCGCCCGACCCGGACCCGACCGCCGACAACUGCUCGGCGAAAACUAGAGCCAACAACCUCGUCCGCCUGUCAGAGUACUGCAAGGAGAGCAUGAGGUUCGGCUCGUGCUCAAGUUCCACCAGCAAGAAACUCUUGAGUGGCGCCGCGCCCGAACCUGCACUAGCGUUGUCUCGCUCAGAGAGCCUGAAGGAUCGAGCGCAAUGGGCGACCCGAACGAAACCUCCCAUGCACACGAUGUCCGAGGACACGUCCCCCACACCCACCGCAGCCGACUACUGGUCGGACCCCGAAAGACAUUGCGCUGCGCGCAACGGCCCCGACACGUUACGGCUUCGAGUGCUCGAAUGCUCGGAGCUGACCACGAAAAACGGCCAGUGCGACCCGUUCGCUCUCGUCACGUUAUUGUACUCGAACGGACGGAGAGUGGAGAGGCGCACCAAACCAAGAAAGAAGACUGUUAAUCCUCAAUUUGACGAAAUAUUCUGUUUCGAUCUCGUAAUGGAAGCCGACCCGAAAGACAAAGACGGCUCGCAGUCGGCGGGAGUCGCGUGCGAGGCGCGGGUGUCCGUGUGGCAUGACGCUGCCACGCCGGUCUUCCUCGGGGAAGUGCGGGUGCAACUGCGACAGCAGGCCCCGUCGCCGAUGAGAGCUUGGUUCUUCCUAUCGUCCCGGGCAGGCGGCGCCCUGUCCCGCGGCGCCACCCCGCCGGGCACGCGGCUUUCGGCGGCCGGUAGCGCUACGCUCGGAUCACUGCGGUUGCUAUUACAGUAUACCGUCGACCACGUCUUCCCAAUACACCACUACCGACAACUAGAGGAGCUAUUCCUUAGGAGUGUGCAUCAGAAGCCGAUAACAACAUCAGCGGUGUACAUCCUCGGCGAGAUAGUGUCGAGCAAGACGGACGCGGCGCAGCCCCUGGUGCGGCUGUUCACGCACCACGAUCUCAUUGUACCCAUCGUGAAGGAGCUCGCCGAUGCCGAGAUAUCUGUGCUCACUGACGCAACGACGAUAUUCCGCGGCAACACUCUCGUUUCCAAGAUGAUGGACGAAGCGAUGCGACUGAGCGGCGCGUCGUACUUGCGAUCAGUACUGCGACCGACGCUGGCCGCUGUACUAACGGAGAAGCGGCCUUGUGAGAUCGACCCGGCACGAGUCAAGCCCUCCGCUGCCAUCGCUACUAACUUGGCUAACUUGAAGGACUAUGUGGAGCGGGUAUUCGCAGCGAUAACGUCGUCGUACGCGAUGUGCCCGGCGGCGAUGUGCCGGCUGUUCGACGCGCUGCGGCAGUGCGCGGCGCGGCACUUCCCGCGCAACGCCGAGGUGCGCUACUCCGUCGUCUCCGGGUUCAUCUUCCUGCGGUUCUUCGCGCCCGCCAUACUCGGGCCGCGGCUCUUUGACCUUACCACCGAACAGAUUGACCCGCAAACGAACCGCACGUUGACGCUGAUCUCGAAGACGAUCCAGUCGCUAGGCAACCUGGUGAGCAGCCGCUCCGCGCAGCAGGUGUGCAAGGAGGAGUACAUGGCCGAACUGUACCGCAGCUUCUGCACACCCAGACAUGUGCAAGCAAUAAAGCAGUUCCUAGAAAUAAUCUCCACAAGUUCAGAUACUCAGAACAAUAACGUUCAAGAGACACCAGUGCUACUUAAAGAAGGGACGAUGAUCAAGCGGUCGGAGGGCGUGCGAGCGGGCGCGGGGUCGCCGCGGCGGCGGUGGACGCGCGCUGCGCAUGCGCACGCCAAGCGGAGACAUUUUAGACUUACUAGCGGCGAGCUGUCGUGGUCGCGCUGCGGCGCCAAGUCGGCGGCGCACCGGCUGCCGCUGGCGGGCGUGCUGGCCGUGGCGCCCGUCGACUGCCCGCCCGCCGGCGCGCCGCUCGGGGCCAACAACAUCUUCCAGAUCGUGCACCGCGAGCGCGUCCUGUUCGUGCAGGCCAGCAACUGCGUGGAGCGCGCGGAGUGGGUGCGGCUGCUGUCGGCGCUGUGCCGCCGCUCGCCCGCCCUGCACCACGUGGGCUACUACGCCGGCUCGCACUGGACCUGUUGCGGGCGCCAAGAAGCAGAGGCGGAGGGCUGCAGCGGCUCGGACCCUGCCAGCGGGGUGAACUCUACCGGCGGCGCGGUGGCCCUGGCGCUGCGGCUGGACCCUGCGCGCGACCUGCAGCGGCUGCACGCGCUGCUCGUGGCACACUCCACGCGGCUCGACGACCGCCUGCACCACGCCAACACCGACGGCACGCCUCCAGAGGAACGGGAAGCAGAGGCGGCGACGCUCCGCGAAUUGCAGGAGACGAUGUUCGACCUGGAACACCGGCACCGCAUCUAUAGGAGAUCCCUUGCGCGGGAGACCAAAUAUGGCAGCAAACAAGCGCCCAUCGGCGACGACAAUUACCUGCAGCUGGCGGGCGCAUCGGGGGCGGCGGGCGCGGAUGGCGCCGCGUUCCUGUGGCGGCCGUGGCGCGAGCUGCCGGCGCCGCUCGACCUCGACGGCAAGCCGCUGGCCGCGCGCGACCUGCCGCACAGCUCCAGCUGCGAGUCGCUCAAGCUGGCGCGCCACGCCGACGAGCGCUCGUCCGGCAAGUCCACGCGCUCCGCCGGCAGCGGCUACCUCACCAUGUCCUGCCUCAAGCACGAGCCUUCCGAGGACAGCGACGCCAGCGCCGAGCGGCCCGCGCGCCCGCCCAAGCCGGCCCGCCUGUCGCCCGCGCGCGGCGCCGACCCGCCCCCCGCGCCCCCCGCCUGCGAGUACGUGGACGUGGAACCGCGCGCGCCGCCCGCGCAGCCCGCGCAGCGCUGCCGCGAGUACGAGCUCAUGGCCAACUUCAUGUCGCACGCGCGCGCCGCCGCCGACCACGACGCGCCGCCCGCCGUGCCGCCGCGGGCGCGGCGCGCCGACCUCGCGCCGCCCGCCGACCCCGCGCCGCCCGCCGGCGACCCCGAGCCGCCCUCGCCGCCGCGCCCCAACAGCGCCAGCGACACUCUGUCCAACGACGACAGCCUGCUCGACGAGCUGCAGCGCGACUACUGCGUACUCAAGGUGUGCGAGGAUGACUCGCCGGCCGACGGCUCGCCGUCGCCGCGCGUAGACUCCUUCGACCGCGCCGAUCCGGAUGAGUGUGGCGUGUUCUCCCGCGUGAGUGUGCAGCGCAAGUCGAACCCGAUCAAGACGCAGUCGACGACGAUCAAGCCGCUUAAGACCUCGAGCUCGACGUCGAACGUGCACGACGCGGGCGCGAGCGCGUCGCGGCCGUUUACCGAGCGCCUGACGCCGUUCUUCCUCAAGAAGAAACCGAAGCCGGUAGACGAGGCGCCAGCUAGCAAGAAGGAAUCGAAGAGCAAGGAGGACAAUCUCAUCGGGCGGCUGACGCCGCGCUUCGGGCAGUCGCGGCUGUACGGACGCGGGCAGUCGCUCGAGCUGACGCCAGCGGAGGGGCGCACGCGGCGCAUCGAGCGCUCGGCGACGACGGUGAACAUCCCGACGCGGCCGAUCAACUCGUCGAUCGUGGCCAACCUCAAGUUCCUGAGCCUGCACCGGUACGGCGCGCAGGAGGACGUGCAGUGCCGCGGCUUCGUGCAGACGGGCGAGGAGGCGGCGCCGGCGCCGGCGCUGGACGCGGCGUGGCGCGCGCCCCCCGACCUGCGCGCCAACACCACCGACAUCCGCCUCUAGCCCCGCCGUAGCCCGCCCGCGGUCGAACAUUACUAUACUUAGUGCUACUGUAAAUGUAUUAGUCUAGGGUUGUAUUUAUUUCUAUAUUUUUCGAACUCUUUUUCGUCGACCUGAAGCGUGUGCCUCCUCUAGUUUGUAGUGGAUCGUCUGAAAGAAUACUGAUACGUUUAAGUAUAUUGUAGCUUAAAUACUCAGUAGGUGCCAAGCGUUGUGCGAGCUCGCCUCCGGCGACGCGUUCUCAUUCCUCUAGCACAAUAAUGUUAUUAUGACACUAAAUGUUAUACUAAAGAAUUAGAUAUUAUCGAUUCGUGUCUUGUCUUAUCUUGAACUUAGCAAUACGGAAUAGUGAACUUUAUAUUUUAAAUAUUUCAAACUAUAUUAUAUUUAGGAGAAAUAUUGAAAUGUCAUAUUGACGAAUGCAUGUGUGACUUCCGAUAUAUUUUUAGACUCAAAUACUUAUUAGGAAAGAAAUCUUCCAAAAUCAUACUUAGUCGAGAAAAUAUUCGGUUUUACGAAGAUUUACUGCACAGCUUUAAAUACUUUCUGCACCACUAAAAUGUACUUAAAUUUUGAUAUUAUUGGCAUGCCUAGAGUAGAACCAAUACGCGGGUCCGUGGUUCUUAAGAAAUACAUAUCCAGCUGGCCCAUCGUUUGUCUUCUUUUAUCUGUCGUAGAUAUUAGAAAGACGUAACCUUCGAAACCUUGUAUUGUUUCUACUCUAGCAUUACUAAAAUGUCUAUAAACUACCUAUUUAAUUGAAAUCUUAAUAUUGUAUAAUAUUCGGCCUUAACAUAAGUCAUGAUGCCGGCCUUCAGAUUUAACACCACUUAUACUGUGAUUCAAUUUUACAAACAUAUUAACUAUAAUAAUAAUUAAGUAUGUAUACAUAUUUUAGCGAGGAGAACCGAUGGCCGAUGGGGCGGAAAGGUUCUGGAGUGGCGACCACGUGUCGGACGACGCUCAGUGGGUAGGCCCGCUACAAGGUGGACCGACGAUCUGGUGAAGGUCGCGGGAAGCCGCUGGAUGCGGGCAGCGCAGGACCGAUCGUCGUGGAGAUCCUUGGGGGAGGCCUAUGCCCAGCAGUGGGCGUCAUACGGCUGAUGAUGAUGAUGAUGAUGACAUAUUUUAGUACACCUUCAUACCUCUUUAAUAUCAGUAAUUAAAGAACAUAAUUGUAUCGAAUAUUAAUGAUCAGUGAUGAUAACAUGGGAGGUCAAUAUCUUGUUUCGAAGUUCAUAAUUAUAAGAAUGAACUUGAAAAGUAUGUUAAAAUUUGGCAAUAGCUAUUUCUUAUAGAAAUUAGAUAUGUUUGAAAACUCAAUAAACUUGUAUUUUACGUACAUUGUUGAGCUCUGAUUGAGAGGAAUAUUUUGAUUUAACUUGUAAUAAGUAUAAAAUAAUGUACAAAUUAAUAUUUCCCAUAAAAUAUAUUAUGUUAUUUAUUUCACCUAUUUUCAUUUUGUUAAUAAAAUUACACAUAAGUUCGAAUUUCA